ACAAACACAUUCCGCCAUUUUGAAUUUGUUUCGUACAUGAGACGCUGUUGUGUUCUAUCUGUGACUCGUAUGGAUGAGUUGUGUUUUAACACUAGACAUAGUAUUUACCAGUUUAAUAAUAAUAUUCGUAUAAAACAAUGCGUUAAUAUUUAAUGCUGACUAACAUUUUUAAUUCUUUGUGGUUAUUAUCGAAUCGUCAAGCUGUCGUCCAACACAGUAUCAGAAAUGGCGUUGAGCACUAGCCAACCGGUACAAAAUAAUGUGCAAUCUUCUCCGGGCACCGGGUGGCCUAGGCGCACUGCACCAGUUAAGUCAUCAACGUGCCCGUCCUUAAAUAGACACAUUAAUUUGUAUCCUCUUUCAAAUUAUAAAUUUGGUACAAAAGAACCUUUAUUUGAAAAAGAUCCAUCUGUACCAGCAAGAUUUCAACGAAUGCGUGAUGAAUUUGAAAAAAUUGGCAUGCGCCGUAGUGUAGAAGGUGUUUUAAUUGUUCAUAAACAUGGAUUACCUCAUGUAUUACUGUUGCAAUUGGGCACAACAUUUUUUAAACUGCCAGGUGGAGAACUAAACCCUGCAGAAGAUGAAGUUGAAGGGCUCAAACGAUUACUAACUGAAACUCUUGGUAGACAGGAUGGUGUUCAACCAGAAUGGACUGUUGAAGACACAAUUGGAAACUGGUGGAGACCUAACUUUGAACCUCCAACAUAUCCGUAUAUACCACCUCACAUAACUAAACCUAAAGAACAUAAAAGACUUUUCUUAGUUCAGUUACCUGAUAAAGGUAAGGUAAAAUAUUAGGAAUCCAAAGUUCAAUAUUUUUUGCAAUGGCAACAUGAUUUGCUGGUUCAGAAAGGAUCAUCCUGGUUGAUUGUAAAACUUCACAUACAAGAAAUGUAUUUUUUUUUAUAAAAAUUGUCUAGGAAAAAUUCAUGAUAGGGUUUCCUUAUAUGAUUAUUGUUCUAAUCACUGUGGUGUAUACUACAGAUUUUAAAUUGGCUUAAACAAUAUACGAAGAAAGGGUUUUAUUAAUUUUAAGACUAAUUCAUUUUAGUAAAUGAUUAUUUGCAGUUUCUGAUUGAGAUAUAUCCAUUGUACAUGUUAUUUCUAUUCUGUUUAUAUUAUUGAAAUACAUUAAAACACUUAAAGUUAAUUCUUUAAUUCUCAAGGAUUUAAAUUUUUUCUUGAAAU